AUGGAGAAAGGGGUGAAAAGAUGGUUGGUGGACACAUCAAAGUGGAACCCAACUCCCCAUGACUUCUCUUUAGCACUGUCUGUUCUUCCUCAGCAUGAACGUUCCUCUGUCACCAGGUUUUUGAGGAUGGAAGAUAGAAAACAGGCACUUGUGAGCCGGUUGCUUCAAUAUGCACUUGUACAUGAAGUUUUGGGAAUUCCAUACAAUGAGAUUGUCAUAAAACGUACAUUCGAAGGGAAACCCUAUCUGGAAUGUAGUAAAGUAGGCAUUGAGUUUCCCAAUUUUAAUUUCAAUGUGUCCCAUCACGGUGACUAUGUGGCAAUGGCAUCUGAACCUCUGUGCCUUGUUGGGGUGGAUGUUGUUUGUUGUAUCAAACCCAAGAAAGAGACAGUUCUGGAAUUUAUUGAAAACUUGUCUCCGUACUUUUCAAGUUUGGAAUGGGAUAAUAUAAUCAAUGCUGGCACCUCGGAUGAAAUUUUGGUGGUUUUUUACAGAUACUGGUGUCUGAAAGAAGCAUUUGUCAAAGCUAUAGGGAGUGGACUGGCAUAUGGGGUGGAUAAAAUAGAAUUUCAUCACACUAAUUGGACCAACAUAUCUGUUAAUGUUGAUGGGGAGCCAUUGACAGAGUGGAGAUUUUGGCUUUUUGAGCUACCAAAAAGACAUUGGGUGGCAGUUGCCAGGGGUCAUCCAAGGUUUGCGGCUGAAAGUUACAAGAGGACAAUAACCAGGGCAGAAUUUGAUGAAGAGGAGUACCACAAGGGUCUUCAUCUUCCAAAUGUAGCAUUUGUUACUCAAAUCAUAGAACAACUCGUCCCCGUUUCACAAGUUAAAGAAAGCCUAAUCCCCGUUUCACAUGGUGAAGAAAGCCUACAUGAGCAAGAGGAUACAUGA